AUGUCUUCCGACCCUCCCCGAGCCCCCAAGCCCAAACGAAGCCGAAGGCAAUCUCUGAACCGAGCCCGUUACGAAAAGACUCGCCAUCUCACUCCAUAUGCUCUACUCGAACUCGACCUCCGACAAGAGGGAGGCAUCGCGCACCCUGCCCGAGCCCGCACCUUCGCCCCGGAAGUGUACAGCCACCUCUCCGAAGCGCAACGAGCCCACCUCCGACAGCUGGCCGAAGACGGUGGACCCGAUCUCUCAGAUCUGCGGGGUUACCCAAGAACACAGCGUGUCAAAUCCCCCGGCCCCACGGCCCCCGCCUCCGCCUCCCCUCCGCUCUCCCACCAGCCCUCAACCCUACCCCCAACAAGCACUUACACUCCCAGCAUCGAAGAACCAUACCCGGCCUCCUUUUUACCCCUCAAACACCCCCCUUCGCCAACCUCCCUACUCUCUCCCAACACGACCUCAUUCCCAGAAUCCCCCUCCGUAGCCUCCCCUCGCAACCCCACAAAACCAACCCCUUACCUCUACGGCCCCUCCACAACCUUCAUCACCCACGCCCCGGACCACUCCCCUCUCCGCCCCCAUCACCAUCACCAUCACCAUCACCAUCACCACCACCGCUCGAACUCAGACGACCCCCGCCACCGCCGCCGCCACCGUCGCCCCCGCCCCCGCCGGACCGGCAGCGUCCUCCGCCGCCGUGUACUCCUCCAGGAAGCCCGCCGCGGCAGCGUCGCGCGGUACGGGCUGGGGGCGGCGGGGUUCUGGCAUAGACGGCGGCGGCCCGACGGGCGGCUGGAGAGCCAGGCGGAGGCGGAUGCGCGGCGCGCGCGGGCCCGGCAGGCGUGGAGCCAGGAGGAUUACAGGGCGGUGUUUGAGGCGCUUGCUUCGGAAUGGGGGCAGGGGGAGGAGGAGCGGGAGGGGAAGGGGUGGGAAUCGGAGUGGGAGUCAGAGUGGGAGUCGGAGGAGGUCUGGGUCGGGGUCUGGGUCGGGGUCCAGGUCUAG